AUGUUACAAAGACGAAAUAACGUACCUACUACCACACACACCAGUAUACCAUUAGAGAUGUCCUGGAAUCCAGAGGAUCACAUUCCGGUGGAGGUUAAGGAGUUGCUGUCAGAGCCAUCCCCAAAUUAUGUUAUAUCAUUUUUACAUAUUAUAGAAUUGUUGAAGAUUCAGCGGCGUACUGGAUGGGUGGAUGUUGGCAUAAAUCCUUGUGAAUCAAUCGGUGACCAUAUGUAUCGUAUGGGUGUUUCAAGCAUGCUGAUUAAGAAUCCGGAGGUGAACCGGGAUAAGUGUGUUCGUAUAGCAUUGGUUCAUGAUAUGGCAGAAUCAUUAGUUGGUGAUAUCACGCCACUAGGAGGUAUUACUAAAGAAGAAAAACAUCGCAGAGAAUGGGAGACCAUGCAGUAUCUCUGUGAAAAAGUGAUCAGGCCGUAUAACCCUGUUGCAGCAGAUGAAAUAAUGGCCGACUUCGUUGCAUACGAACGUGAAGACUGUUUAGAGGCACGCUAUGUUAAAGAUAUUGAUAAAUUUGAAAUGUUAGUUCAAUGCUUUGAAUACGAACGUAGACACAAAUUUUCCAAAGAGCUAGAGCAAUUUUGGAGUGCUGUAUCUAGUAUCAAGACCGAAGAAGUAAAAUCCUGGGUUACAGACUUACAGGCCAGACGCGACCUUUUUAUGAAGUCGUAA